AUGGCGACCUCGCUAUCUUUUUCGCCAUCUCUCUCUCUCAACACUCUCUUCUUCACCAAAACUCUUCCAUUUCCUCGGUCUUCCUUUCUCCCUCUCUCUCUUCCCAAAUCCCUAAUUUCAAUCUCCACGCGCCGCCGCACCUUCGCCGUCCGCGCCCAAUCCCAAAACGGAGCCGAUGCUGUCCCCACCCACUACGACUUCGACCUCUUCACCAUCGGCGCUGGCAGUGGAGGCGUCCGAGCCUCUCGCUUUGCCGCCAAUAACGGCGCUUCUGUUGCCAUCUGCGAGCUCCCUUUCUCCACCAUCUCUUCCGAAAGCACAGGGGGCGUCGGCGGGACCUGUGUAAUACGAGGAUGUGUGCCAAAGAAGUUGCUGGUUUAUGCUUCAAAGUUUUCUCACGAAUUUGAAGAAAGUAAUGGUUUUGGCUGGAGAUAUGACAGUGAGCCCAAGCAUGAUUGGAGUAGUUUGAUAGCUAAUAAAAAUGCUGAGUUGCAGCGUCUUACUGGCAUCUACAAGAACAUCUUGAACAAUGCUGGCGUCAAGCUGAUCGAAGGCCAUGGAAAGAUUAUAGAUCCUCACACGGUUGAUGUUAAUGGGAAGCUAUAUUCAGCCAAACACAUUUUAAUUUCUGUUGGUGGUCGCCCCUUCAUUCCUGAUAUUCCUGGGAAGGAAUAUGCAAUAGAGUCAGAUAUUGCCCUUGAUUUACCAUCAAAACCUGAGAAAAUAGCUAUUGUUGGUGGUGGUUACAUUGCCUUGGAGUUUGCUGGUAUCUUUAAUGGUUUGAAAAGUGAGGUUCAUGUCUUUAUUCGGCAAAAGAAGGUUCUGAGGGGAUUUGAUGAAGAGAUUAGAGAUUUCGUUGCAGAACAAAUGUCUCUUAGAGGUAUUGAAUUCCAUACUGAGGAGUCUCCCCAAGCUAUCACGAAGUCAGCUGAUGGUUCAUUCUCUUUAAAAACCAACAAAGGUACAGUGGAUGGUUUCUCACAUAUUAUGUUUGCUACUGGACGAAGACCAAAUACUAAGAACUUAGGGUUGGAGUCUGUUGGUGUGAAGAUAGCUAAAGAUGGAGCAAUAGAGGUUAAUGAAUACUCUCAAACGUCGGUUCCUUCAAUUUGGGCAGUUGGGGAUGUUACAAACAGGAUAAAUCUGACCCCAGUUGCUUUAAUGGAGGGAGGGGCACUAGUAAAAACACUGUUUCAGGAUACCCCAACAAAACCUGAUUAUAGAGCUGUUCCUUCCGCUGUAUUUUCUCAACCGCCAAUUGGACAAGUUGGUCUUACCGAAGAACAGGCUGUACAACAAUAUCGAGAUAUUGACAUCUUCACCGCAAAUUUUAGGCCGCUGAAAGCUACUCUGUCUGGGCUUCCAGACCGGGUGUUUAUGAAAUUAGUAGUCUGUGCAAAAACAAAUGAAGUUCUAGGGUUGCAUAUGUGUGGAGAAGAUGCUCCUGAAAUUAUACAGGGGUUUGCGGUUGCUAUUAAAGCUGGCUUGACCAAGGCUGACUUUGAUGCCACUGUAGGCAUUCACCCGAGUGCAGCUGAGGAAUUUGUCACCAUGAGGACUCCUACUAGGAAGAUUCGAAAGAGUCAAUCACCUGAGGAAAAGUCGGGUUCGGACGUAAAAUCUGCAGCAGGAGUUUAA